UUGCUUUAAAAUCAAUUUAAAGACAAAUUUUAUUAGAUAAGUAAGUUUUAAACAAAUUUUUAAUCGAUGUGUAUAUAAAAAAGAUAAUAUGGGCAAAAAUAAAAUGAUAGCAAAAAGUUGUCCGAAAUGCGAACACCAGGUGGCUGUAGCGUGUAAAGCCUGUGUUUGUGGACACUCAUUUUUUAAUUCAAAAAAACCUACUCAAAGAGUGGUAUCUCCAGAAGAUCAAAGACGUCGUACUGGAAGAGUUCGGAGAGAAAAACCAAAUUUUUAUGAUUCAAGAGAAUAUGAAAAAGCACCCAAGAAAAGGCAAACUAGGACUAGAAACAGUGAUUGUAUUGAUGAUGAUGAUACAGGUGUAAAUCGUAGAGAUGCUGUUAGUAGUAACGGUACAACAGCCUCAAGAGCAAAAAGAAGAAGAGCUCGUAAAGAAGAAAUUGAUGGAGGUGGUGAUCUCGUCGCUAAACUGUCGCCUGAGAAACAAGCCCUUUGCUCCAUAAUACUCUCAGAAUUGAACAACAAAAUACAAAGAGUAUUGUGGAAACCUAGUUUUUGAUAUUUUUAUCUAUAGUAAAUUU